UCUUGAGCCGGCCUCACGGUUCCUUCCGAGUUGCCGUAGUGUUUGCUCUGCGGGUUCGUGAGGAAUGGAGGUGGUGGGUGGCUGUGGUGAUCAUGGUGGUGGUGAUCGCCAAGGCUCCUCCGCGGACCCACAGAGUACCUUUGUGUUGGGUAACCUAGCGGAGGUGGUGGAGCGUGUCCUCACCUUCCUGCCCGCCAAGGCGUUGCUGCGGGUGGCCGGCGUGUGCCGCUUAUGGAGGGAGUGUGUUCGUCGGGUGUUGCGGACGCAUCGGAGUGUGACUUGGAUCUCCGCGGGGUUGGCGGAUGCUGGCCACUUGGGGGAGCAUUGCUUGGUCCGCGUGGUAGCGGAGGAGAUUGAGCAGAAUGUUCACAUCUUACCACAGACAGUUCUUUACAUGGCUGAUUCAGAAACUUUCAUUAGUCUGGAAGAGUGUCGUGGCCACAAGAGAGCAAGGAAAAGAACUACUAUGGAAGCAGCGUUUGCCCUUGAGAAGCUAUUCCCAAAACAGUGCCAAGUCCUUGGGAUUGUGACCCCAGGAAUUGUAGUGACUCCAAUGGGAUCAGCUAACAAUCGACCUCAGGAAAUAGAAAUUGGAGAGUCUGGUUUUGCCCUAUUAUUCCCUCAAAUUGAAGGAAUUAAAAUACAACCCUUUCAUUUUAUUAAGGACCCAAAGAAUUUAACACUAGAAAGACAUCAACUCACUGAAGUAGGUCUUUUAGAUAACCCUGAGCUUCGUGUGGUCCUGGUAUUUGGCUAUAAUUGCUGUAAGGUGGGAGCCAGUAAUUACCUGCAGCGAGUUGUCAGCACUUUUAGUGGUAUGAACGUCAUCUUGGCUGGAGGCCAAGUAGACAACCUGGCAUCGCUGACCUCUGACAGACACCCUCUGGAUAUUGAUGCCACUGGUGUGGUUGGACUGUCAUUUAGUGGACACCGAAUCCAGAGUGCCACUGUGCUACUCAACGAGGAUGUCAACGAUGAGAAGACCGUUGAGGCUGCAGUGCAGCGCCUUAAAGCUGCCAACAUUCCAGAACGGAAUACCAUUGGCUUCAUGUUUGCAUGUGUUGGCAGGGGCUUUCAGUAUUAUAGAGCCAAGGGCAAUGUUGAGGCUGAUGCAUUUAGGAAGUUUUUUCCUAGUGUUCCUUUAUUUGGCUUCUUUGGAAAUGGAGAAAUUGGAUGUGAUCGCAUAGUCACUGGGAACUUUAUAUUGAAGAAGUGUAAUAAGGUGAAGGAUGAUGACUUGUUUCACAGCUAUACAACAAUAAUGGCACUGAUUCAUCUUGGGUCAUCUAAAUAAAGUCUCCUGUAAAGUGGCUUUCACAAUGUAUAAUUUUCAGGCUCCGCCUUUCCUAGAAAAUGGAAACUGGGAUAUGUGUAUUUCAAAAAGAAAAAAAAAUAAGAAUAAUAACUUUAUAUGUAUCGGUUUUGUAACUUUGACUCUCUAAAGAUUAUAUUAGGGGUAGUUUUAACAAGUUAGAUGAAGGGCAACUUUGUAUGUAACGUAACAGGAACAGAAUUGAGAGCUUUUGCAUCAUGAGGCACAGCCCUGAUUACGGCUGUAUUGUACCUAAUGCUGUAUAAUUUGACUUUAUAGUCUUCUGCAUAGGAAGACUGAAAGAAAAUUCGUCAGUAGGAUGGAGAUUUAAGACAUUCCAUGGCUACCUCUGCAUUGUUAGAUAUUUUAGCAAAAUCAUGAAAACAUUUUUUCUCCCUUAAUGAAGGAGGGAAAAAAAUACAUAGAUACCUUGAGAAAUCUUUCUCUGCUUUACAAUUCUACUGAUUUUUUUCAGAAGCUGUAAAAAUUUUUUAAUGAAUUUUUACUUAUUUGAUAAAAAUUAAGUAACUAUUUUUGUUCUGCUACCCUAAAAUUGCUUAGUCAAAUAAGUUGCCAAGACUAAUCAGUAUUUUGUUACUUUAUAAGGAAGAAAUUUUCCUUUUCCCUCGAUGAAGAAACUGUAAGAGAAAAUCCUUUUCUUCACCAAGUUCUAUAUAGCUAACUGGCAGACCAGACCAUUACAUCACCUUAUUUUGGUUUUAUACCAAUAAAACAUACCUUGGAAACUCACUCAGACAGUGUUUUGUAUGUCAUUGCUUUUGGUGAGUGAAUGAUGGAAGUAAACAAUACUUUUGAAAUGAAAACCCAGAGUAGUAGUUGUCAGGUAGUAAAUCCUGCCAUGUUCCCAGCAGAAUGAUUUGUAAGCUUAUAUUUUUAACUACAUUAAUAUCUAUAUGUUCAGAGAACACCAAUUUUUCCCAGUAACCUUUCUUCACAUAGUGAUAGAACCUUUGAUUUUCAGCUAGGCACAUGCCUGCCAUAACAAAGACUACGUUUCCCAGUGUCCCUUGCCAUUGACUGUUUUUAUUGUUGUUGUUUGUUUGUUUGCCCCUUCUCGAACUUGUUGCUUGGAAGUGGAUCUGGUAGUGAGACAUCUUGAACUCUCCAGAAGAGGCAACACUUGGGGAAGAGAAUCACACAGAAGGGUUCUGGAUUGCUGUACAAUUUAGUUUAAGUGCUACCAUACGUGGCUUGGAUUGCGUGUUUCCAGACAGUCUUACAAGAUCGAAGUUAACAUCAAUCUUUUCUCAGCCAUCGCUCUUCAUUAUAACCGAUAUUAUAUUAACUUAUUUUACCUAAUACAGUAGAUGUCUAAUGUAUGCCACUUUUGUAGUGGUCAGUGGUUCUAAUAGAGCAGUAGAAAGCCUGCAAGGUAAAGUGAAAUGAAAAGUAUUAACCUUCCUGCUUUUCUGUUUUUAAUCACUUUCCUCAGUUUUUACAUUAAAAGGUUUUCUCUUGCUGUAUAUGUAUAUGAUAAAAAUACUUAAAUGUUUA